UGCGAUUUGAAUGUCGCCCGAUUUGGAUUAGCCCGCAUCGUUCACGUCGAUAUGAUUAUAACUGCUAAGGUGGUUAGCAUUUGCCUGGGCGUGGCACUAACUGCCUUCACCGUCUCCACAAUCGUGCUGGCCGUGCAGAAGGCGAAUUUGACGGCGGAUUUGCGUGAUGCACAGGAGAAAUUAGAUCAGCUCGAGGCUGGCUUCACGUCCACCACGGCUGUACCCAGUUCCCCGUCUGACAGCACCACUGUGGAGCCGAGUCCCACAGCACCGCCGGAGAAAAUCGACUAUCGUCUGCCGACUGCAUUGACACCCACAAACUAUGAUCUCUAUUUGUAUCCGAAUAUCGAGACGGGCGAGUUUACGGGCGAGGAGACAAUCAGCAUAACCGUAAACGAGGCCACGGAUAAGAUAGUGCUGCACUCGCUGAACUUGAAUAUCAAAAGUGCGCACGUCUAUCAGGCGAUCGAGCCAACCAUUGCGGUCAAGGACUACGAGUUCGAUGCGGUUCGCGAGUUUCUCAUCAUCCACUUGACUCAGGGUCUAACCAAGGGCGCAACUGUACUGCUCACCCUCGAGUUCUCCGGCAAUAUGGAAAACAAAAUUGUGGGCCUGUACAGCUCGUCCUACGUGAAGGCCGAUGAAAGUCGCAAAAAGAUAGCCACCUCCAAGUUCGAGCCGACCUAUGCCCGCCAGGCGUUCCCCUGCUUCGAUGAGCCCGCCCUGAAGGCCACCUUCGAGAUCACGUUGGUGCAUCCGAAGGACGGCGACUACCAUUCGCUCUCCAACAUGAAUGUGCAGGAUGAGCAGGAGAAGGACACCUACACAGAGGUGCGCUUUGCUAAGAGUGUGCCGAUGAGCACAUACCUGGCGUGCUUCAUUGUCUCCGACUUCAAGUCGAAGACUGUGAAGAUCGAUACGAAGGGCAUUGGCGAGCCCUUCGACAUGGGCGUCUAUGCCACACCCGAACAGAUCGAGAAGGUCGCCUUUGCCACGACUGUGGGCAAGGGCGUCAUUGAGUACUACAUCGACUAUUUCCAAAUCGAGUAUCCGCUGCCCAAGCUGGAUAUGGCCGCCAUACCCGAUUUCGUGUCGGGCGCCAUGGAGCACUGGGGUCUGGUCACCUAUCGGGAGACGUCGCUGCUGUACGAGGAGGCCACCAGCUCCACGGUGAACAAGCAGCGCAUUGCCAGCGUGAUUGCCCACGAAUUUGCACACAUGUGGUUCGGUAAUUUAGUUACUAUGCAUUGGUGGAAUGAUUUAUGGCUGAACGAGGGCUUCGCCAGCUUUAUUGAAUAUCUGGGCGUGGAUUCCGUCUUUCCCGAAUGGAAUAUGCGGGAUCAAUUUAUUGUGAGCACUUUGCAUUCAGUGUUCAACCUGGAUGGCACUCUGGGCUCACAUCCCAUCAUUCAGAAGGUUGAGAAUCCCGAUCAGAUAACGGAGAUCUUUGACACCAUUACGUAUUCCAAAGGCUCCUCGCUGGUGCGCAUGUUGGAAGAUUUUCUGGGCGAGACAAUCUUUCGCCGGGCGGUUACCAAUUAUCUCAAUGAAUACAAAUACCAGAACGCCGUAACGGGCAACUUCUUUGCCGAGAUUGACAAAUUGGGGCUGGACUUUAAUGUGACGGACAUCAUGCUGACAUGGACGGUGCAGAUGGGUCUGCCAGUAGUCACGAUCGCCAAGGUUACCGACACUGAAUACAAAUUGACACAGAAGCGUUUCUUGUCCAAUCCGAAUGACUAUAACGUGGUGCAUGAGCCCUCGGAAUUCAACUAUCGCUGGUCCAUACCCAUCACAUAUACGACCAGCCAAGAUCCCACGGUGAAGCGCGAAUGGUUUUAUCACGAUAAGAGCGAAAUCACUAUAACUGUGCCCACUGCUGUGGAUUGGAUCAAGUUUAAUUACGAUCAGGUGGGCUAUUAUCGCGUCAACUAUGAUCAGUCCCUCUGGGCGUCGCUGGCCAAUCAGAUGGUGGCCAAGCCAGAGGCAUUCAGCGCCGGCGAUCGUGCCUCACUGUUGAAUGAUGCCUUCGCCCUGGCCGAUGCCACGCAGCUGCCCUACGAGAUUGCCUUCGACAUGACCAAGUACUUGGCCAAAGAGAUGGACUAUGUGCCAUGGAGCGUGGCUGCCUCCAAGCUGACCUCGCUGAAGCGCACUCUCUUCUACACCAGCAGCUAUGCCAAGUUCAAGAAAUAUGCCACAGCUCUGAUUGAGCCGAUUUACACGUCGCUUACCUGGACGGUGGGAGAGGAUCACUUGGAUAAUCGUCUACGUGUGACCGCCCUGAGUGCGGCUUGUUCCUUGGGUCUCGAGUCCUGCUUAACAGAGGGCGGACAACAGUUCAAGGCCUGGCUUGCCACGCCCGACAAGCGACCCAGUCCCGAUGUGCGCGAGACUGUCUACUACUAUGGCAUGCAGUCGGUGGGCAACCAGGAGAUUUGGGAGACAGUCUGGGAGCUGUUCAUCAAUGAGGCCGACGCCAGUGAGAAGUCGAAGCUGAUGUAUGGCCUGGCCGCCGUACAGGAGCCUUGGCUGCUGCAGCGCUACAUCGAUCUGGCCUGGAAUGAGGAGUAUGUGCGAGGCCAGGAUUACUUCACCUGUCUGACCUACAUCUCGGCCAAUCCCAUGGGCGAGUCGCUGGUGUGGGACUAUGUGCGCGAGCACUGGCCGCAGCUGGUGGCCCGCUUUGGCCUGAACGAGCGCUACUUGGGCAAUCUGAUACCAUCGAUAACGGCGCGAUUCCACACUCAAACCAAGCUCGAGGAAAUGGAACAGUUCUUUGCCAAGUACCCAGAGGCGGGUGCGGGCACAGCAGCGCGCGUGCGUGCCCUGGAAACGGUCAAAAACAACAUUGUGUGGCUGGCCGAAAAUCUCGAGAGCGUCGAUGCCUGGCUGGAGCAGCAACAGCGACUGAACGUAUUUAGUUCCAUUAUCGCCCUUGUUGGCCAUAAAAUUCUGUCAAGUGCCCACAAUCAAACUGAAUUACUGGCAGGCAAAUCGACAAACUAUGGUUAUAGUCGAUUAGUAUAUUCAUGGCUGAAUUGUGACCAACUUCUUCAGUUAGUGAUCGUCGGUCGAGGCAUCAAGAUGUUAUCGAACGGCUAUGGAUCAAGCGUUUUUCUGCUCUGCGCCGUUAUGGUCCUCCUGGUGGGGGCAGAUCUGCUAGAUGUGAGGGAGAAGAUUGAUAUAAACGAGACGCCAAACGAUUCGCAGAUCUACGGAUCUAGCAGAGCAAGGCGCGAAACUAAAGAGGAGCAGAUCGACUACCGUCUGCCCAAAACGGUUAAGCCCUCCAGCUAUGAGCUGUAUUUACAUCCAAAUUUGGAGGCGGACACCUUCAUGGGCCAAGAGAAAAUCCGCAUUAAUGUGCUAGAAACAACCAGACAAAUCGUCUUGCACUCACAAGACCUGGUCCUGACCAGUGUCUAUGUGGUGAAUCGCGAGGUAGAGAACUACGAGUUGGAUGAGCUGCGUCAGUUGCUGAUUGUCAAUAUGAAGGAGCCCCUGGAGGCGAAUGUUGUCGUCACGCUGGGCAUUGUCUUCGAGGGAAAGUCGUUGGGCAAGCUGGAAGGACUCUACAGCAGCAGCUACUUAACGCCAGCGGGACAGCGUCGCAAAAUUGCGACGACCAAAUUUGAGCCGACCUACGCCCGCCAAGCGUUCCCCUGCUUCGACGAGCCCGCCCUGAAGGCCACCUUUACCAUCAGCGUGGUGCAUCCCAACUCCGGCUCAUAUACAGCGCUCUCGAACAUGAACGAGGAGGAUUCCAUGAAUCUCGGCGAGGAGUCAAUGGUCACGUUUGCCAGCAGCGUCCCAAUGAGCACUUAUCUCGCCUGCAUCAUUGUCUCCGACUUUGACUCACAGACGGGCAAGGUCAGUGCAAACGGAAUUGGCAACGAUUUUACAAUGCGCGCCUUUGCCACGCCCCAUCAGCUGCAUAAGGUGAAGUACGCCUUAGAUUUUGGCAUCGCUGUCACCGAGUAUUACAUCAAGUACUUCAACGUGGAGUAUCCGCUGCCCAAGCUGGACAUGGCGGCCAUACCAGACUUCUCCUCCAAUGCCAUGGAGCACUGGGGUCUGGUCACCUACAGAGAGACGGCGUUGCUCUACGACGAGAACUACAGUUCCACGGAGAACAAACAGUCUAUUGCUAGUGUGCUGGCCCAUGAGAUAACCCAUCAGUGGUUCGGCAACCUGGUCACCAUGAAUUGGUGGAACGACUUGUGGCUAAACGAGGGCUUCGCUCGCUUCAUGCAAUACAAGGGCGUGCACGCAGUUCAUCCGGACUGGGGCAUGCUGGAUCAAUUUCAAAUAUUGGCUCUGCAACCCGUGCUCGUCUACGACGCCAAACUCUCCUCGCAUCCCAUUGUGCAGAAGGUGGAGUCUCCGAAUGAAAUUUCGGCGAUCUUUGAUAUGAUCAGCUAUGAGAAGGCGGGCUCUGUGCUGCGCAUGCUGGAGUCCUUCGUGGGCUCCGAGAAGUUUGAGGCUGCUGUAACUAGCUAUUUGAUCAAAUUCAAGUACGCCAACACCGUCACGGAUGACUUCCUUACCGAGGUGGCCCAGGUCAGCGGCUUGGAUGUCAAGCUGUUGAUGCGCACCUGGACCGAGCAGAUGGGCUAUCCGGUACUGAAUGUACAGCGUUCCGGUGAAAAUGCUUUCAUGAUCGAACAACAGCGGUUCCUCUCCAACAAGGACAGCUACGACGUUGUGGUAGAUCCCGUUGAGUUUGGCUACAAAUGGACCGUACCGGUUACCUACAUUCUGGACAGCUCGCCGGCCAGUGAAGUCAACAGUGUUGUUUUUCCGUACAAUGAAGAUUCGCUGGGCAUUGCCUUACCAUCGAGUGUCAAAUGGAUCAAGCUCAACGUAAACCAGUUGGGCUACUAUCGCGUCAACUACGAGUCCAGCAUUUGGGAAGCUCUCAUCCAGCAGCUAAUGACUGAGCCGACGCGUUUCGGCGUCACGGAUCGAGCUCAUCUGCUGAACGAUGCUUUCGCCCUGGCCGAUGCCAACCAGCUCUCGUACAGAGUGCCCCUGGAGAUGACCGCCUAUCUGCCCGACGAGCGUCAGUUUGUGCCUUGGUAUGUGGCUAGCAAAGGACUGCUUUCGUUGAGGGACCAGCUCAUGUUCACCGAUGUCUAUGUGGACUAUAUAAGCUAUGCACGCACUCUGCUGACGAAUGUCUACAAGCAGGUCGGCUGGACCGUUGAGCAGGAUAACCAUUUGGGCAAUCGUCUGCGCAUGUCUGUGCUGAAAUUGGCCUGCGCGCUGGAAGUAAAGGAUUGCCUGGAGCAGGCAGAGCAACGCUUCACCAAAUGGCUCAACGCACCAACUGCGGAAAAUCGCCCUGCGCCCGAUCUGCGCGAAGUGGUCUACUACUAUGGCAUGAAGCAGACGAGCAACGAGAAAAACUGGGAGGCGCUGCUGGAGCUGUUCAAGGCGGAGUCCGAUGCCAGCGAGAAGACAAAACUGAUGUUAGGUCUGUCCGCUGUGCAGGACGCACAGCUGCUCUAUCGUUUCUUGGACCUGGCCAGCGAUGAGACUAUUGUGCGCUCUCAGGACUAUGUCACAGCUGUGGAAAAUAUCGCUAACAAUCCUGUAGGCCAGCCCAUUGUAUGGGAAUACUAUCGGGAGAAUUGGUCCACUCUAGUUGCCCGCUUUGGCCUCAACAAUCGCGGAUUUGGUAGAUUAAUUGCCAGAAUAACGAGCAAAUUUGCCAGUGAACAAAAGCUGCAGGAGGUGGAGUCAUUCUUCGUUAAAUAUCCAGAGUCGGGAGCCGGCGCUUCGUCCAGGCAGGAGGCGAUCGAGACCAUCAAAUAUAAUAUCAAUUGGCUCAAGGCGAAUCAGAAUGAUAUUGCCAGCUGGCUGGGCGGUUCGCCUUCCCCAAUGACCUCUAAAAACCCAUUGUAAAAUACGAAAAAAAUUUUCCCAUAUCCAAUAAAUGUCGAUUCACCAAAAA